CCACCGUCGAGCAUCGAUGCUUCAACAGAUCUGGAUCACUGAAAAAUGGGGCCCACUUUUGCAAUAUCCAGACCUGAGGAGGAUUCUAUCGUAUUCUCAGGCAGAGGAUCAUACAAUUUCCUCUAUCUCUUAUCCUUCUACCCUACCCCACUCUCUCUCUCUCUCUCAUGUGAUGCGAACUGCCAAACCUCCGCGACUCUCUCUCUCUCUCUCUCUGACGCCCCAAAUCCGAAGAAAUCCUUCUAUUCUCCUCCAAAUCUCAACUCCCAUUUCGAUUCCUCCAUCAGUUCUGUCAUCUGCCUGUAGAAGGGGCUCUUCCAUAUCUGCCUGAAAAGCCCUAGUUCUCUUUCUUCUUAGAGUUAAAUUUUUUCCUUGCUUUUCUGAUCAGGAGGAGAGAUUUCAGCUCUCUGUUGCCGGUGCGUGUGUUUUUUUUGAAAAUAGUUUUGGGAGGGAAUUCUGGGAAACCCAUUUCUCAGUUUCUGGUGUUUGUGCAGUUUUGGGAGGGAUUUUUGGAAAAUCCAUUUAUCUGUUUCUAGGAAGCUUUGCGGUUUUGGGAGUGCUUUUGGUGAAACCCAUUUCUCUGUUUCGUGGGGUUUUGCAGGGUUUGUGGAAAACCCAUUUAUCUAUUUCUCGUGUUAUUGCAGUUUUGGGAGUGAUUUCUGGAAAUCCCAGCUUGCUGUUUUGUAGGGUUUUUGCCGUGUUGGGAAGGGUUCUUGAAAUUUCAGUUCUCUGAUUCUCGGUUUUCUGCAGUUUUCGGAGAGGUUUAUGGGAGGCCCAUGGUUUGAGCAGUUUGAGGAAGGAGUCAUGAAAGAACAUUUCACCGUUUCUAGGGUUUUGCCAGCUCCUUGUGAGAUUUGUGCAAAAGACAAUUUCUCUGUAUCUAGGUUUUUCUUUUUAGCAUUUCUGAGAAGGAUUCAUGAAAACCCAGCUCGCUGUUUGUAGGUCUCUUUUUGUUGGCAAUCGGUUGGGAGAUCUCCCUGUUCUCCAUUUUAUGUGUUUUUUUCUUUUUUUUUUGGCAGUUUUAGGAGAGAUUCCUGAAAACCCAGUUCUCUGUUGAUGGUUCUUGCAGUUUUUGGAAGGAUCCAUGGAAAUCCAGAUCUCUGAUUCUAGGUUCCUUGCAGCUUUUACUAGUCCCGUGAAAACCCACUUCUCCAUUCCUGUGGGUUUUUGCAGUUUUAGUAGAGAUUCAUGAAAUUCCAUUACCCCUUUGAUUGGGUUUUCAAAUCUAGGUGGAAGUUGAUGGGAAUUCUCCGUUCUUAGGUUCUUUCCAGUUUGAGUUGAAAUCCCUGAAAACCGUCUUUUCGGCUUUCCCCUAAUCUUCAUAAAAGAUUACAUUUUGUUUUAUUGUGAUCCGCCAUCACUCUUACCUGACAUCUAUGGCCAUGUAAAUUUGGGUUUUUGCUGGGUUUUAUAUGUUCCUUUGAAGGCAUUGGACUUAGCUCUGUCAACAUGUCCGCAAAUGGUGGCAGUUUCGUGGAAUGGGAGGAGCAGUUCGUUUCACAGGAGCGUGGAAAUCGUGUGGUGCAUUAUUUCCUGAAGAACUCCACAGGGGAUUCCUUCCUUGCUGUUGUAGGCACUGAGAGGAGCCUCCGGCACAUGGUUUACGUCGUGUCGGAUGAGUUCUUGCAGGUCCACGGGUCGGAGAAGUCCAACAUUGCUUGCUUCAAAUGGAGGUCGAAAAGAGAGGUCGUGGACUGGCUGACGUCUCUGCUAUCGAAGCAGCACUGCACACGGGAUCAUUCAAAAUUGGCAACAAAUGAUUCAACACAGAAUUCAGGUGCAGACCAUCCAGCCACUGGGUUUGAUGAACGUGGGAGCCAUCCACCCAAUCGUGCGGCCGUUUUUGCGAGGAAUCUGAAAGUUCAGAACUGGGAUAUCGUGUGGUCUGGUACUGCGUGGACUUGUGGCAAACAACUCAAGCACUACCAAGCAUUUUGUCGUAAUGGGACCACUAUACCUAUCCAUUCCUUUGUUCUUGUCAUGGCGAAAGAGGAGAACCACUAUCUUGCAUACUUGGAAGAUAUGUACGAAGAUAAGAAAGGGCAGAAGAAGGUCAAAGUGCGGUGGUUUCACCAGAAUCAGGAAGUCAUUGGUAUAAUACCUCUGCCGACUCCGCACCCUAGAGAAGUCUUCAUCACACCUUAUUCUCAAGUCAUUAGUGCGGAGUGCGUUGACGGCCUUGCUUCCGUUUUAACUCCCGAACACUAUGAGAAAUGCUUGGAAGCUCUUCCAAAUGCUUCUCCAGGCAGCAUCCAUUUCUGCUUCAGGCAGUACCGUAACAAUAUAGUGAAGCCCUUCAAUUUAAGUAAAUUACGAGGCUAUUUUGACCAAGCAGUUCUCUCAUGCUUAGAUCUGCAUGUGCUCUCAAAAUCGGCGUCCCAUGGUUCGGAUGGGGAGGAAGGUGAAGAGCUUAGCCAUGUGGGUACUACAAGGCAAGGGGCAAGGAAGUCUAGAAGUUGCAAAGUGCGUCCGAAGUUCACGAUGGCCCAUCUGGGUGUUAGAUUUUCAGGCCAUGGGAGCCAGAUAACAGCCUCUGGGCCGGCCUAUCAGAACUUGAGGUUUGGAUUGCCGGGUAGAAGGCCACUGGCGGUCAAAUAUGUUGGGUCCCAGCGCUGGCUUACCCCACCUUUCAAGGUUGGCAACAAGAUAGAGCUGCUGUGUCAAGAUAGUGGCAUCAGAGGUUGCUGGUUCCGAUGUGUGGUCUUAGAGAUAUCUCGGAAGCAACUGAAGGUCCGUUAUGAUGAUGUGCAAAAUGAAGAUGGAUGUGGCAAUCUAGAGGAAUGGAUACCGGCCUUCAGAUCAGCAGCGCCUGAUAAAUUGGGGAUGAGAUCCUUGGGCCGCCUCACAAUUCGGCCAUGUCCUCCCCACGAGAAGUUGAAUGGUGUGGUUGAGAUUGGAACCCCAGUGGAUGCAUGGUGGAAUGAUGGCUGGUGGGAAGGAGUACUGGCUGGAUUGGACAGCGGUGGAGAUGUUCUGCAAGUUUAUUUCUCUGGUGGCAGCUCAGCGCACAUAGGGGCACCUUGCUUAGGGUCCAGGUGAGACGCAGGUAGCCCAAAACACCUAGGUGCACACCAGAAUACCUUUGGUUACACUAUGCGUCAAGCAUGGCCGAACAUCAGGUCUGUUGGACCAUCCCAAAUACUCAGUUUGAGGCCCUGCUAUGCAUGUGUUAAUGGCCCAAAUAUAUAGUGUCAGACAAGGGUACUUCCUGUUUCAUAGAAUUCCCAUGCACCAUGGAUCUCCGGCCUCCUCCUUCAACGGUGUCAGGAAAGCUGGAUUAAUAGAGGUUCAAAAAAAAAAAAAAAACUAUAUGCCUUUGGAGGCUCUCAGAGCGUCAUUUUCUUAUUCCUGAUCGCUGUUCAAAUAAGCAUUCUCACAUUCAAAAUUCAUAUAAUGUGUUAUAAUACAGAAUGUUCAGGUGGGCAUAUAGCAGACCCAUGAGACUGCCGGAAAUUGGCGUUGGGGGUCUUCGACACCUAAUUCUGAUGUACGUCAUCAGCACCCAUAUUAGCAUUGCCUCCCAUCAAUUGUGAAAGCAGGGAAUGUCACCUGCCUUUAUCUUUCUGAUCCAACUGGAAUCUUCUGCAUGAAAGUCUGCUGCUUUCAACAAACUAGCAAAAAAACUGAAAAUGCUCCAGUAACACCCUUCCCUGAAUUUAGAAGAAAUUGACUCUACCGAAGGAGCCAUUCAAUGCGUACCUUUCUCUAACCAUUUGGGCUGUGGUGGGUGGCUUUUUGUAUCUUGUAAACAAGAUCACCCUAGUAGGAUGUGUUUGGAUGCUCGGUCAAUAAACUAUAUAAAGGAAACAAUCUAACCUAAUCAGAGGUGAGAGAUCAUGUUUAAUUCAUAACAAUGCUUAGCCUUUAAUUUCAGAGUUCCAUGCAUUUCAGGUUGGACAUGAAACAAUUGUAAACUCCUCUCUCUCUCUCUCUAAGAUAUAUUAAAAACUAAAGAUAGGGAUGGAGGGAAGGCCAAUUAUUUAAUCGACUCCCUCGUCUAGGGACGCAGAUUGUGUCCAGCAGGGCACUAGACACACUGUUUCUAGCGCCAGUGAAAAAGCAUCAUCUGUGCAUGUCAGGCGUGGGACUCACA